GCUAUCUCCAACUCCUCCGCCCUGCCGCGCGGGCCCAACUCGGCGCCAAAAAAAAUCCAUCUCGCAUCUCACGCUCUUCUAGCUCUCUCCCCCCGCCAUGGAAGACCGGCAAGCCACCGGCGGCGCCACGACCAAGGUCCGCGUGAACGGCACGCCGGCCGAAGCGACGCUCUCCACCACCACAGGCGGCUGCCCCGAGCUCCGGUGGCACUGCGCCGGAGCCACGGCGGAGAGGAGCCUCUCGCUGGAGGCCGACGUGCUCGGAGCCGUGGCGAGCGGCAAGGAGGUCGUCGUCAGGGCCUUCGUGGCGGACGACGCGGCGAGACCUCCGCCGUGCGCCAAGGCUGGAGGGAAGAGGCGCAGGAGGGAGUACGUGUUCGAGAUGGCCGACGGCGAGGGCGCGGCCGCGGCCUGGGGCGGGACGCUACGGGGCUGCUUGGACUCGUUCGGGCGGCCCAAGAGAUUGUUCGUCCUCAUCAACCCCUACGGCGGCAAAAGACGGGCAAGCAAGAUCUACGAGGCAGAAAUCAAGCCCCUGCUCGAAGCCGCCGGCGUCGAAGUCACAAUGCAAGAGACCCGGUACCGGGGGCAUGCCCGGGAGGUGGCGUCCUCUCUGGACCUUGCGAGAUACGACGGGAUCGUCUGCGUCAGCGGCGAUGGCGUCCUCGUGGAGCUUGUGAAUGGGAUUCUGCAAAGAUCAGACUGGGAGGAAGCAAUAAAAAUGCCAAUUGGGGUAGUUCCAGCUGGCACAGGAAACGGCAUGGCCAAAUCGCUUCUGCAUGCUGCCAGCGAGACGUGCUCAGUUUCAGACGCCGUAUUUGCCAUUAUCAGAGGUCACAAGCAGGCCUUGGAUGUUUGCACUAUAGCGCAAGGGGAGAAGAUUGUUUUCAGCGUGCUGUCAACCACCUGGGGUUUGGUGGCGGAUGUUGACAUCGAGUCCGAGAAAUACAGGUGGAUGGGGAGCGCGCGGUUCGACUUUUAUGCUCUGGUUCGCAUAAUGAACUUGCGCCGAUACCGCGGAAGUGUCCACUUCGUGCCUGCCCCGGGCUACGAGGCAUACGGAGAUCCUGUCAAGCAAUCCGAGACUCCCAUCGUGGAGCAAAACGGCGAGUCUCGGGUGUGCUCUUAUCAAGGUCCUAGGGCCGAGUUUCAAGGUUCAGACUGGAGAUCCAUCGAUGGCCCGUUUGUGGGUGUGUGCGUCUACAACGUGCCAUGGGCUGCCGAGAACGCCAUGGCAGCUCCUGAAGCCAAGUUCUCAGAUGGCUACAUGGACGCGGUGAUACUGAAAGACUGUCCGAAGGCUGAUCUUUUGGCUCUGCUGCUGAAGAUGAGCGAUGGGAGCUACGUGAAAUCGCCACAUGUUACGUACCUCAAGGUGAAAUCCUUUCGGUUAUCGCCGGGGCAGCUCGUGGAGGAUCCGAAAAGGGGCGGCAUCGUAGACGUGGACGGCGAGGUGGUUGCCAGAGGAGAAGGAACGUACGGCAUGAACCAGGAUCAAUAUUUGAUGGCCUAUGGCCCUUCUGUUCAGCUGACCGUGCACCAGGGCUUGGCCACUGUAUAUCGUCCCAAAUGAGAUUGUUUGUGUCAAUUGCUUUAUUCUUGUUCAUAUUUUAAAAAGUACUCUAUUGUAUCCAGAACAAUAUUCUCUCAAGAAAAGGUCACACGUCUCUGAGCAA